GCCCCGCCCACGGCUCCCAUUGGUUGCCGGGCUCUCGGGGUGCCGGUCACGCCCACCGCGAAAGGAUAAGAGGCUGUUUCUGCCCUAAUCCUGGCAUUCAGGACGCCGAAGCCAGAGGUGAUCGGAGCGACAGCCAAGGACCACUGACAUGUCUGAGUUAGAGAAGGCUGUGGUGGCCCUCAUUGACGUCUUCCAUCAAUAUUCCGGGAGGGAAGGUGACAAGCACAAGCUGAAGAAGUCAGAACUCAAGGAGCUCAUCAACAAUGAACUUUCCCAUUUUUUAGAGGAAAUCAAAGAGCAAGAGGUUGUGGACAAAGUCAUGGAGACACUGGACAGUGAUGGGGACGGCGAAUGUGACUUCCAGGAAUUUAUGGCUUUCGUUGCCAUGAUUACCACUGCCUGCCAUGAGUUCUUCGAACACGAAUAAGGAAAAGAAAGCAGCGGAGCUGUUUCUGCAGCAGAGACGAAGUUUGACCAGGGGAACAGAGGCAGGGCUUGCAGGGCUGUAGGAGCUGAGCUUUCCGUGUUGUAGCUAAUUAGGAAGCUUGAUUUGCUUUGUGAGGGAACAAUUGAAACCUCUUUCCAAGGACCAUUUUUAGUGCCCCCAGCCUUACUUCUGCAUUACUAGGUGUAGUGUUAGCUUUCUGGACCUAGGGACUCUUGGUAACUAUAACUUAGGAGAGUCAUUUCUCAGUCAUAAAGCAUGUGCUGUGCUAGCUGUCCAAGCUGUGGAGACCCCUCACCUAGAAAAAAAAAUUGACUACCAAAAAGGACUGGAGCACUGUGGGUUCCACAUGCUGCCACUACAUUUAAAAAUACAAAGCUUUGUCCACCAUCCUUUGAAAACAUUGCCCGUCAUUAAAUCUUCUCAUCACUGGAGCAAAUGAAACCUGGUGUGGUUGGGUGGCCUGACAGUCUGUCCCACCUACCAAAGAGCAUGGUCACAUUUAGAGCCCUUUCCAACAGGUGAGCUGUGAUGUUUGCGUAUGCAGUUAAGCUAAUAGUUCUAAAUGGAAAAUCUGUCUCAUAAGCUGACAAAUGCUGACAUUAUAACUGUAAUAAGAACUGAGAAUCAGACUUCUGCAUUCAGUGGGAUUCUCCCAACAGGACCACACUUUGCUGGAUCUCUGGGAUUUGGGGCAGGGGAGCAGAGGGCUCAGGGCAGGUCACAGCUCUGCCCCUGGAGAUGGCCGUACCCAAGCACCUGCGCCUCCUGUUCUGUCUGUAGAAUGAAGGUUAUGAUGGAUGUGUCUGAUGUGCGGUGAAGGUCAUUCUUGAUCUGUCUGUGCAGACAGGGUCUGCUUCCAGCUGUUGGUGAAGCCAGGGAAUUUUAUGACCUUUAUGCUUUUGUAGCCACCAAUUCGAAAAAAAUCAAGUUACAAAUAUUAAGAAUCACUCCCAGGAAAAUUCAGAUUAAGCAUUAAGCUUAUCCAUCCUUUUUCUGUUAUGCUUUUUUUAAGAACACAAACUUGGAAAUCAUAAACUAAUUGGUCGCUUGUAACUGCAUUAAAUAAAAAGCACUGUAACAAACCUA